ACCCGCAGCGUCGAUUCGGUGAUGAGCGUCAUUAAAACGACUAAAUAAAGAAAAUGCGCUAAAUUUAAAUUAAAACCUCUAAAAAGGAUUAAAGUACAUUUUAAAGAGUAUCGAGGCCUAAAAUACUCUAUUCAGUACUAAUCAGUACCAAAGUACCAUAUGUAAUUAUUCUAAUGUAGUCAAAAUUUGAUGAAUAUUAAACAGACGCAAAUGAAUAGUUGUAAUAUUUCCAUGGUGACGCGGAGCCCCGCCUCUCGACGACGACGCAGCUCCACAUAGGCACCGUAAAGGAGUGGGGCAGUGUCGCAAAGACAGCAGGCGAGGGGAAUAAAUAAAUAAAUAAGGUAAUAAAUAAAGGAAGAAGGAGAGGAAACGGGUUUAGGCCGCGCUGCCCGUCCGAGCCGCGGUCCAGGGCAGUGUCUGUGAGCGGGUCAGGGUGGAGGGGAGCCGGUCAGCGCUGCUUUGAGCUGCGGGUUUUAGGUUUUAUAUUAGCGGCGCUGCCGGAGCUUCAGCCUCGGCUCGGAGCUUCAGCCUCGGCUCGGAGCCCCGGAGGAAACAGCGCGGAGCCUCUCCGUCCGCCUGUCCGCCUGUCUGUGCCGGACGGUCCGACUCUCCGCAGCCCCGGUCCGCUCUGCUGGUGAGGAGCUGACAGCUGGCGUUCUCCUCACCGGUGCGCUGUCCGAGGGAAGAAGGGGACAGACGGACAGAAAAAGGAAAAUCUCAGCCUUAAACGAGCAGGAAGAGGUCCGAUUCUGACCCAAGCAGGGCAUGUGGUAUUGCGUACAGCACACAGCUACCUGCUACAAGGAGCCUUUAUAGUGGGAAAUAUCCGGCGGAUCUGGGAUUAUAAUCCACGGAUGAGGCCUCUGCUCGCCUGUCUUCAGUUUGAGAUGUGGAAGCAGGGGCACUAACCUGGUUUGUCAUUGCUGACCCUGCGUGCCCGCAGAAUGGCAUCCAGCGAGAGGCUGUACGAGGUUUGGAUGCUGUACUGCAAUAAGAGGGAUCCUGAUUAUCUGAGGCUGUGGUUGGAGAUCUUUAUCGGCUCAUAUGAUCGAUGCCUGGAUGUGGAUUUUGAGAAACCGCCAAGCAGGUCGGAGGAGGUUCCACCUGUCCUCUCGCUGCUUCCGGAUAACAUCCUGCAGGUUUUGCGGGUGCAGCUGCUGCAGUGUGUGCAGAAGGCCUCGGCUGGGCUGGAGCAAGAACAGCAGCAUCUCGCUCUGCUGCUGCUCAAAUUCCUGAUCAUCAUCUGCAGGAACCUGUCUAAUGUGGAGGAGAUAGGCACCUGUUCCUACAUCAAUCAAAUUAUCACCAUGACAACGCUCUACAUCCAGCAGCUGAAGAGUAAGACCAAAGAAAAGGAGUUGGCUGAUCAAACUCAAGCCGAGGAGUUUGUUCGUCAUGCUCUGGCCUUCUGUGAGAGUCUUUAUGACCCGUAUCACAACUGGAGACAUCGAAUACACAGGCAGCAGUUAGGCACCGUGGAGAAAAGCAGACAGAAGUUUAAAGCGGCUCCCCUCACCGUGGAAUUCGUCCCAUUUUUCUACCAGUGUUUCCAAGAGAGCGAGCACCUGAAGGACAGUCUGAAGUGUUGUCUCCUGCACCUGUUUGGGGCCAUAGUUGCUGGAGGCCAGAGAAACGCUCUGUUGGCGAUCUCUCCUGCCACUCUGGAGGUGUUGUUGGCUGUGUUGGGGGACAGUGAGUGUAUGGGUGGUGUUGGUGAUGGAGAAGAUUGGGAGAGUGAGGCUCCGGACCGCAAGGCCCUGCUGACCCUUGCCUGCCUGCGCGAGGUGGUGCACAGCCUGUUAGCCAGCAGCUCUGACCAGCGGCAGGUGGAGAUCAGCUCCGUGCUUGAGAGCUAUUUCAAACUGCUUAAUUCUGACCCUGCUGCCACUGCGCAAGCCAAAGGUCGCCCUGCCCCUCCUCGCUCACGGCACUGGGAGAGCCGCUUUGUAGCCCUGCAGGUGAAGAUGCUGGAAACCAUCCAGGACAUGUUCGAGUGCUCAGAUCGGCCCGUCCUGCAGGCCAUCUUCCUCAACAGCAACUGUUUUGAGCAUCUGACGCGUCUGCUGCAGAACAGCAAGUUGGUAAAUGCUAGGUGCACUUCAGCAGACAAGGAGCAGAAAGAUUUAACCAACAGGUUACUGACAGGAGAGAGUGAGACCCAGGUGUUUCAGGGGAGGCUGGACUCUCUCGCUGUGGCAACGAUCAAGGCCCUUACAACAGUGAUGCACAAAUCACCAGCCGCCAAGGAGGUGUUUAAAGAGAGGAUUGGAUACACACACCUGUACGAGGUGCUCGUCUCUCUGGGUCAGCCGUCCAGACACCUUCUGAAGGAGCUCAUGAACAUGGCGGUUGAGGGUGAGCACUCCUCAGUGGGUUUGCUGGGCAUUAGUAAUGUUGACCCUCUCCUGCUGCUGAUCCAGUGGCUGCCGGAGCUGGACUCCUCUGAGCUGCAGAUAUUCACUGCUGAUUGGCUGCGGCGGAUCUGCGGCUUGAACCGGUGCACGCGGGCCACCUGCGUAAACGCCCGCAUGUCCAUGCGUCUGCUGUCCACUCUGGAAAAGCACACGCGGCUCCACCGGGCCUGUGGGGAGAGCCUGGUGGCCCUGCUGGGGUCACUCGGGGGUCAGUCUCUGAGCGGCUCUGAACUUCACCAGCUACUCAGUUUCCUCCGGCAGGAUGACCCCAGCAGGCCACAUCCGUACGUAGGCCCUGUGCUGCGCUCCCUGCUGGCCAUGCUGAGGAAGCACGGCCUGGAGAGCGCCAUGCAGUACUUCGACCUGACCCCACCCAUGGCCGGCAUCGCUGUGCCGAAGGUCUCACGCUGGCCAGGCUUUGCAUUCAGCUUCCUCGCCUGGCUGUCAUUGGAUCAGGAUCAGCUGGGACCACCUAGUAAAGGAGAGAAGAGGAAGCAGUUGUACAGUUUUUUCACCCCAGGAGGAACCGGCUUCGAGGCCUUCAUCAGUUCUGCCGGAGCGCUGGUAGUGGCUGUGUGCAGUAAGAAGGAGUACGUCACUGUCAUGCUGCCUGACUACUGCUUCUGUGACUCGCUGUGGCACUUUAUUGGUGUUGUCCACGUUCCCGGGAAAAGACCAUUUGGGCAGAGUCUGGUCUACAUCUAUGUUGACGGCCAGCAGAAGCUUUCAGCACCUCUGAAAUACCCGACCAUGACUGAGCCCUUCACCUCCUGUUGUAUCGGCUCUGCUGGUCAUCGCACCACCACCCCGCCUCCUUCUCAAAUUCCUGACCCUCCACUCUCUGAUGCCCCUUCUGGCCGCUCCUCUCUGGGCAGUAUCCUGUCCCCACAGACGUGGGGUGGCCUUCUGGGGGGGAAGCCGGAGUCCCUCACUAAGCUGAUCUCUGCAGGGACGCAGGACAGCGAGUGGGGCAGCCCAACUUCACUUCAGGGCCAACUGGGCAGCGUGAUGGUGUUCCACGACGCACUGCAGACCAGUCACGUCAAAGCUCUGUUCAGCGCAGGGCCGAAUUGUAUUUCCCCCUUUAAAAGCCAGGAGGCGGAGCUGGGAGAGCUUUCCUCUAAACUCCUCCUGCACUACUCUCCUAAGGCCUGCCGGAACCCCAUCUGUUUGGACCUGUCACCCAACCUGCUGCAUGGCCGCCUGACAGGGAAUAAAGUGGUCAACUGGGACAUUAAGGAUAUGAUAAACUGUGUCGGAGGGCUUCCUGUACUGUUCCCCAUCUUGGAGCAGUUGACCCUGCUGACCCCAGACCCUGCUGACACCUCAGGGUCGGAGUUCAUCACCCCGGAGACGGCCACACCUGCUGAUGGAGACUGGGUCAUCCUGCCUUCCAACAGAGCCUCAGAGGCCCGUUUGGAGAAGAACCUUGCAGCCACUUUCUUAUUGGUGGUGAAGCACUUUCUGCAGAGACACACAGUGAACCAGGAAACUCUGCUGCACUGCCAUGGAGCGGCUACGCUGGGGACGCUGCUGCAGAAGCUGCCUGCGUGGCAGGUGGACGUGAGUGUGUUAGUUGCGGUACAGUUGCUGAUUGAGCAGGUGACGUUUGAGAAGAACCCGCAGCUCUUGCAGCAGCUUCACACACAUCUGCUGUUCAACUUCAACAUCUGGAACCAAGGAGACUUCCCCCUGCGCAUUGGUCACAUCCAGUACAUGUCCACCGUCAUCAAAGACAGCAGGAAGCAGUUCAGGAAGAAAUACGGAGUCCAGUUCCUGCUGGAUACAAUCCGCCUUUACUAUGGCAGCGGGAACAGAGAGGUGGAUCUGAGUGAGGACGACAUUCGCACCAUUAGAGCGUCUCUUUGUGGCCUUCUGAAGUAUUACAUCAGCAAAGGCACGACCCAGGAGGAGAUCCAGAGCAUUCUGGGAUACAUCGCUGCUAUUGGAGAUGAUGAGCAGCUGUGUGGUAUGUUGGAGCUGUUGCUGACGCUGCUCCAGACGAGUGCUGCGCGGGACCAGCUCUUCCUCCUGCUGUUUGAGCCUGGAGCAGCCGACUCCUGCUACGCCCUUCUGCUCAACCACAAACACUCUGACCGCCUCCGCGAGCUCGUCUUCAAGGUGUUUGAGCGGAUGCUGAAGUGUGACCGUGUGUAUGAGAAGAGUAAGCAGCGGUUGAGGCUGAGGGAGGUGGGAUACUCUGGCCUUACGCUCCUCUUCUCCGACCUCCAGCUCACCCCCAGUCUCGUCAAGUGCCUCAUUAACCAAGUGCUGCACACAGACACUGUGGUGAACUAUAAGGACCUGAUGGCUCUCGUGCAGCUGACCCAUCGGGCCGGGCCCAGCGUCCGCCUGCUCGUCUGUAAGAGGCUGUACUCUCUGCUCCAGUCUCAAUCAGAUGCUGCGCUGCAAAUUUCCCGUCAGCUGUGCUGGCAGGACUCUCUCAUGCGCUUGUUGGUCCGGAGUCCCGGGGCCGAGGGGAGCACGGGUUCGUUCCGGGCCGAUUCGGGCAGCCUGGGCAGUCUGGAGCUCGGCCGCAGCGGCGGGGGAAACAGGCUGGAGCCUCCGCUAGACCGGAGGACGCUACCGAGCACCGAGGGGAGGCUGAAUGAUGAGAGAGACAGCGUUUCAGAUAGCAGGUCUAUAGACAGCCUGGACAACGGAGACAUGCUGUCCCUCACUGAGACACCAGGGGACGCUCCCUUUAAUUAUUAUGUAAAUAAAUCCCCCAAGACUGGGAAAGCAGGGGGCUUGAGUUUGGACCUGUCCCAGGUGCACCUGUUCGAUCAGGGGGACAGUGGGAGUCAGACCCCCGGGAGCAUGCCCAGUACGCCUUCACCGCUGGAGAACGCCAAGCCUUUCCCUGGAGCCGCGGCCGAGCGAGAAACCUCUUUGCCUGAUGACAGCUUCCUGUUCAGUGACAACGUCUCCCUGGGAGAGUCGUUUAACAGCGCCGAGCGUGCGGAGGACGAGCUGUGGCGGAUACUGUUAGAGAUCGUGCUGUGUGUGAUGUGGCGCGGUGUCGGGGGUUCAGACGAUAACGCCUGGCUGGAGAGAGGACAGGUGUUCUCUGCUCUGACCAAACUGGGCACUGCCAACGAACUGCUGCUGCCUGUUGACCACAUCAAGCUUAGUCUGUUAGAACGAAUGGUGGAGUGGGCAGUAAAUGAUAACCGGGAGUCCACAGCGGUCACUCUGCCCCAGCACACAGAGAAUGCGGUGCGUUUGCUGCACGUGGUGCAGGAUUUCCUGCAGGCUGAGGGUUUGGUGAACCCGGCGCUGUGGACGGAGAAGGUUCUUGAAGAAACGGUCACUCUGAUGGAUGGUCUGAUGGUGUGGUACACAUCCGGGUCGCAGUGGCUGCAGCUGUCUCAGGUCGGACUCAGGCUGCUGCUCGGAUUCAUGGCGCAGCCCGACCCUCAGGUGUGUGCCAUGGCGACGGCUAAGCUGAAUGGGAUUCUGCAGACGAAGAGCAUAGACUCUCAGGAUGAAGCGUGUUUCCUGCUGGGCCGAGUGGAGGGCAUCCUCAGGCGCUCUGUCAGCGAACAGAAAGAGGAAACCUACUCGUUCCUCGUCCCUCUGCUGCGGACGCUUCUCUCUAAAGUGCAUAAACUCCUCUACAUGGAGCUCCACCUGCCCUCACUGCCUGACACCAACGGCAGCCCAUCUUUCUUCGAGGAUUUUCAGCUCUACUGCAACUCCCCCGAGUGGAGGGUCUACCUCGAUAAAUACAUAAUUCCGUACAUGAAGCAAUAUGAGAUCGAGACGUUCAGUCAGGGACACGAGACCAUGGCUUUGUUCUGGAAGGACUGUUAUGAAGCCUUCAUGAUUAACCUGCAUCGCAGAGAAAGAGAGAGGGGGGAGAGCAAGAUCCGCUUUCAGGAGCAGUUUGUGGAGCCGUUUUCCCGCCGCGGCCGACAGGAAAACCUGCGGUAUAACAGCAUGCUGAAACAGAUGCACACACAGAACAGCGCCAUCCUCAGGCAGUGGAAGGCAGCCCGCAGGGGGCUCAUGUGUGAGAGAGGACCAUGGGUGGACAAGCAGCAGAAGGAAAUGAACUGGAAGUUGUCUAGUGCUGAGAAUUACUCUCGUAUGCGUCUGAAGCUGGUGAGGAACUAUAACUUUGACCCUCACAGAGAAGCCAGCGCUCUGCGGGACAACCUUGGUGUGCAGCACCAACAGAUAAACGCUGAGUCUUUGCUGUUGGAGGCGGUGAAGCAGGUGAAGGUCAGUGAUCUGGAGGAGGAAAUACUGGAUCUACCAGAAGAGGAACAGAGCGGGAGCACGCAGGCGGAUGAUGAGGAUGCGAGUCAGAAGGAGAAGCUGGUGAUGUCAGAAGAUUGUGAGCUGGUCACUGUGGUGGACAUUUACCCCGGCCGUCUGGACAUCACCACACACCACAUCUACUUCUACGACAGCAGCACAGAAAAGGAAGAGGGUGAGGGGCAACAUAGUGUGGGUCAGGACUUUAAGUGGCCGCUGUCUCAGAUCAGAGAGAUUCACCUGCGCAGGUAUAACCUGCGGCGCUCUGCACUGGAGAUAUUCCUCAUAGACCAAACCAACUACUUCCUCAACUUUAAGAAGGAGGUGCGUAAUAAAGUGUACAGCCGGAUGCUACUGCUUUGCUCUCUCUCUCUCCACGGCACUCGCUCACCUCAGGAGCUGCUGAAAGCCUCCGGACUCACACAGAAAUGGGUGAACAGGGAGAUCUCUAACUUCGACUACCUGAUGCAGCUGAACACCAUCGCAGGGAGAACCUACAACGACCUGGCGCAGUACCCUGUGUUUCCCUGGAUCCUGUCGGAUUACACCUCAGGAGAACUGGACCUGUCUGACCCACGGGUUUUCCGGGAUCUCUCCAAACCUGUAGCUGUCCUGAAUGAAAAGAACGCCAAGGCAGUGAGAGAAAAGUAUGAAAGUUUUGAGGACCCUACAGGCACAAUAGACCGUUUCCACUACGGCACUCAUUACUCCAAUGCUGCAGGAGUGAUGCACUACCUGAUCAGAGUGGAGCCCUUCACCUCGCUGCACAUACAGCUGCAGAGCGGCAGGUUUGAUUGUGCGGACAGACAGUUCCACUCCAUCCCCGCCACCUGGCAGACGUUGAUGGACAACCCCAAUGACGUUAAAGAGCUAAUACCAGAAUUCUUCUACUUCCCAGAGUUCCUUGAGAAUCAAAAUGGCUUUGACCUGGGGCGCCUGCAGAUAUCUAAAGAGCGCGUGAAUGACGUGGUUUUGCCUAAAUGGGCCAAAUCUCCAGAGGACUUUAUUUACAAGCAUCGCAAAGCCCUGGAAUCUGAGUAUGUUUCUGCGCAUCUGCACGAGUGGAUUGAUCUAAUCUUUGGUUAUAAGCAGAGAGGCCCAGCUGCUGUAGAGGCCCUCAACGUUUUUUAUUACUGCACAUAUGAAGGCGCUGUAGACCUGGAUGCCAUCACCGACGAGAAGGAGCGGAAAGCUUUAGAGGGAAUGAUCAGCAACUUCGGCCAGACACCCUGCCAGCUGCUGAAGGAACCCCACCCUGUGCGUCUGUCCCUGGAGGAGUUGGAGAAGAGGAAGUCUCGGCUGGAUUCCUGCCCCCUCAGCAUCUUUGAGCACCUCACUGAGCUCAAGUCGUUCUUUGUGGAGGGUAUCAGUGAUAACUGUGCCCUGGUUAAGGCCGUAGUUCCCAAGAACCAGUCCCACUCCUUCAUCUCCCAGGGCAGUCCGGACACUCUGGUGACAGUGAGUCAGAAUUGUCUCAUAGGAACUCACGGCUGGCUGCCCUACGACAAAACCAUCUCCAACUACUUCACCUUCAUCAAAGACCCGACAGUGACCAGUCAGAAGACGCAGCGUUUUCUGGCCGGUCCUUUCUCUCCGGGAGUGGAGGUCACAGCCAGGCUGUUUGUGGUUUCUCAUGAUGGAAAGCUCCUAUUUAGCGGAGGACACUGGGACAACAGCCUGAGAGUGACAUCACUGUUGAAGGGCAAAACUGUGGGACAGCACAUCCGCCACAUGGAUAUAAUAACUUGUCUGGCCACUGAUUACUGCGGGAUCCACCUGAUCUCGGGCUCCCGAGACACCACCUGCAUGGUGUGGCAGGUGCUGCAGCAGGGUGGAGCCCCAGUGGGUCUGAGCCCUAAGCCGCUACAGGUGCUGUAUGGACACACUGACGAGGUGGUCAGCGUGUGUAUCAGUACAGAGCUGGACAUGGCUGUUUCGGGAGCACGGGAUGGUACCGUGAUCAUACACAGUGUGCGGAGAGGUCAGUACAUGCGCUCCUUGCGGCCCCCCUGUGAGAGCUCACUACCUGUGUCCAUCACACACCUGGCUGUGUCCUGGGAGGGGCAUGUGGUGGUGCACACCUGUGUGGAGGGGAAAGCCACACUGAAGGAUAAAAACGCCCUGCACCUGUACUCUGUGAACGGGAAGCACCUGUGCAGUGACCCUCUGAAGGAGCAGGUGACAGACCUGUGUGUGUCGGGAGAGUACAUCGUCAUGGGCAGCGAGCAGGGCUUCCUGUCCAUCAGAGACUUGUACAGCCUGGCCCUGUGUGUGUCUCCCAUGGCGAUGCGGGUGCCAAUCCGGUGUGUGUCGGUGACGAAAGAGCAGUCGCAUGUGCUGGUGGGGCUUCAGGACGGAAAACUGAUCGUGGUGGGGGUGGGGAAACCAGCGGAGAUGCGUUCUGGCCAGAUAACAAGGAAACUCUGGGGCUCCAGUAAACGCCUGACCCAGAUCUCGUCCGGAGAGACGGAGUACCCCACCCAAGAGCACCUUUGACCCUGUCCCCUAGGCCCUACCCUCACUGCCCUUUCAAUCAUCACCAUCUCCCAAUCAGGGUGGAGCAGCAUGUGUGAUUGGAUGGUGGCUCUCCUCUGCCUGCUCUCUGAGAAAGAAAGAAAAAGGACGCAGGGGUUCGUUAAAGAAGUAGUUCCGCCAAAAAUGGAGUUUACAGGUUUUUCCUCCCUCUUUAGCCCAGAUAAGUCCGUCAGCCCACACACAAAGACACGUGUGGUGUUUGAAGUUGGGCUCUUUAGUUUUGCACUGGAGCUGCAGGGCUAAUGGCGCUGGCAUGUGGCUCACUUGUGUGGUUCAUAGGACAGAGGUGCUCAGUCCUGGUCCUGGAGAUCCUGGAGAGUUCAGAUCCAACACAUCUGAUAGGCUUCAUUACCUGGAUCAGGGUUAGGGUUAAAUUGGUAAAACAAAAAUUGAGCACCAUUACCUGUUAGUCUCGUAGCUCUUGCACAAAACUAAAGAACCAAACUCCACUGAGACAUGCGUGACCACGUUUGGAGCAAAGGGACAACCGUGUAAACUUCAUUUUUGGCCAGACCGUCGCUUUAAGUGUAGUUCAGAUUGUCCUCUGUGUAAGUUUUUAUACGUUAAGUCUUAUUGUGUGUGCUUUGACCAGUGGUUGGUCCAGUGCGGGCGCUGUUGUCCAGCUACAUGUGUCAGAUUUAUAAGACUUUACUACAUCCUUGCAUCUAUUGCCUCAAUGCAUUGACCCCUUGAUGUCACUCAUUGACCACCUCUCUCCCUCCACUCAGCCACUCAUCACACAGAUCCGUCAUUGAAGCGAUAGUUUGAUGGAAGAUUAAUUGUGCACAGCCCCCCCACACCCCCACCCCCCCUUACUCCAAAUGUAGUUCAUCAGCCUGGACUUGUCUGGACUUGUCUGGACUUGUUUGGACUUGUCUGGUGUCUGAAGUUCUGCAGUAGAGCUGCAGGGUGACGGAGCAACAGGGGGCCUGUUUUUCCUUAUGGGGGCCACCUGUCGCUGUGAUUGAGUGAAUCACCAAAGCGACCAGUGGCAGUUUGAGUUUGGACCACUUUAUAAGUCGUGUAGUGAUAGUGAUCUCAAUAAUCCAACUCUGAUUCCUCUUACUUAGCGAGAAAACUUUAAAAUUUCCUAUUCUAAUCAAAAGCUUUAUAUUGUAAAUAAAUUAGCGACACAUUUUGUUGCUGUCACGCAAAAACCUUGGACCUCCGUUUUUUGGUGUUUUUUGCUUUGUUUUUUUAACUUUUUCAUAUUUUUUUAUUUAAAAAAUCUCCUUUGCAUUGUGUUCAGCAUUCACGAUGAACAGACCAACUGAAGUUGUUGAAAGUUGCUUGCAAAAAGAACUUGUUACGUUAACUUUCAUCACAAGUUAAGAAUGUUUUUCUGUCUCCUGUAAAGUCACAAAUUUGGGGAAACAAGUUUGUGUUCUGACGGCGAUGAUGGAGAUUUUAGAUUCGUAUAUUUUUAUACUUUCUUGCCACCCCCCCCCCCCCCCCCUCCACACAGACCCCCAAACCUUGCCCAAAAUUGACAAACAGAUAUUUUCACAUAUUUUAAGUGACCAUGUUGGGGGUGACGGGGAAAGACGUGCACAUUUAAUGCGUCACCAAGCUGUCGUUUCACACCACUGCACACUAGUCACUACAGGAUCGGAGAGAGUGGGCAUGUGUUUUAAAUAUUCUAUUACGCAAAUUUUCAGAGGCCUUCCUGUUUCAUCAGCCUUUCAGUUCUGCGAACACAGAGAGAUGCAGAGUUUAUACUGUUCACACAGGGAGACGCCGAAGUGCAGCAUUUACAGCAGCUCAGAACUUUGACCAAGGCAGUGAGGAACAUACUAAGGCUAAGCCAGUGUGUGUGUGUGUGUGCGCACGUUUUUUGACUAACUGUUGAAUGUGUUUUUGAUUUUUACUUGAAUUCUAGAUUAUUUAUUUAAAUGAAGAUUAAUCGAUGAUUUGUAAUGUUGUGGGUAUGAUUGCGGCCGCAGCGCUCGGUGUAGUUCUCUUCUGUUUGUACGGCUUUGGGGAAACACUACAGCUCAUAUCAGAGGGGGAGGCUUUGAAGGGCUUCAUUAGUGCUAACUGUAAGCAAUAUAAUCCCCCCUGCUAGCCACAGAUGCCAAUGGUACAUUCCACUUUCUAAUGCAGUGACUGACCAGUGCCCUCCAGUCUUCCUGUGUUUUUGAAUAGGGAUCACACUACAGGGACGGGAAUUCUGCCGCAGGGCAGGAAAGCUACAGUGGCCGUCACACCCAAACACUGGCUGGCGAAAGUUUGGGGACACUUGGCUUUUCUUUAGUGCUGUGCUGUGUAUCGUUUAUAGAGGAAUACCUGUGAUAUGGGCGUCACGCAGCAACAUGGAGAAUUAGCAUUAUAUCCACGGUCACAUUCAGUCUCACAGUCCUGUUCCUGAAGCCACAGCGCUUCUCUUCGAUGCAGUGUUAAGAGAAUAAAAUUAAAUUAAUAAAUAAAUAACAGUCCAGUCCAAACAAGCUGUCAGAUUUGUGAGAAAUACUGAGACACUGAAUUUCGUCAGUUCCACUCAGCACUACAUUUAUGGUUUUAUCAGCAUAUUUUCAUUAUCUGUUUACAAUAAUUUGUCAUAUUUAAGCUUAAGGAGAUUUUUAUUUCUAUAUAUAUAAAAUAAAUAAGAAACUUUUGUUUACGUAGAAUCUGCUGUUUAUACCAAAGAAGACUGAAGGUUGAAGAUAAUUACAACCAAAUCAGGAGUAAAUGUCUGUUUUACAGCCAACUAAGCUAAAUUUGCAGCUCUUAAGGACAGCAAAGCUUUUAUUUGGGAAAAAACAUUGAGUGAUUGUGUCCUUUUACAUGGUCAGAUAAGGUCAGUUAAGGCUGCUAUCAAAGAUGCUUUAGCUUUGACCCUCUGAAGGACUUUUUGUACCCAAGUGAAAAGUAGUAAAAGUACGCUGUUAUAGAAAUUUGCAUAUUUUCUUUGUCUAGUUACAAUAACUAACCCCGAUCAGCGCUGCUUAAACACUGUGUCCACUCACUGUCCAGUCUCUUAGACACUCCUACCUUGUCGGUCCACCUUUGUAGAUGUAAAGUCAGAGACAACAGCUCAUCUGUUGCUGCACAGAUUGUGUUGGUCAUCCUCUAGUCCUUCAUCAGUGGUCACAGGACACUGCUGGCUGGAUAUUUUUGGUCCUCAGUCCAGCAGAUGGACAGUGUGGAAACAAGGUGGUUUUAAUGUUCAUCAGUGCAUCUGAGGGUUAUUUAACCAACAGCCUUAAAAGAACUCAACAAGGAACAGUGUCACACAUGUAAAUAUAUGUGACCGUAUUACUGACCGUGCUACUCAGAGCAAGACGUCAGGCUCUUUGUCAUGAUUUAAACCAUCUGUUGAACUAAAAUCAUACCAGUGUGCGCAUUUAUUAACAGUUUGGGUAAGAACGGUCAUUAUUUGGGUUGAAUCCACUCUUCAUACCAAGUAAGACAGUGUGAAGAACGUGAAGCUGCGUGCUGAAGACGAGCGCACCCGCAGGACCAGCACACACAUUUAUUUUCAGCCUAACUUCAGUGACCGUCUUCCAGCUCAUGCUAAAGCCUCAGCUUGGAAGCUCUUAAAAACAGCAUAGUCCCUUUUUCCACUGCCAUUGGAGCGUCAGUUAAGGCUCCUGUCUAAGACUCUUCACCGCUGAAGCUUCACCCUCGAGCCUCUCGAGGACCGCGCGAAUAAAGAGCUGCUUUGGCCAUUUUUAAGUAAGAUUUGGACAGUUUUAAUUUCAGAAGAAAAGAAAGUGUCCUCAAACUUCAUCAGGCGGUGUGAUGUGAGCUGCUGUUAGUAACUCGCUCCCCACUUUCUUCUAGUUUACUAUGCAGAGAAACUCCUCGGCCUUCAGAACUGUUACUGAUAGGGGUCUGAAUUCCUGCUCUUCCAUAUGCAGUGUGUCUUCUUAAACCAUCUGAAGGUAUAUGUGUUUUUUGGGAUCAUGGGAUCAUUCGUGUGUGUCUGCUAAGCAGAAGUGAUGUUUCUGUUUGGAUUCUUUUUCCUUAUUUACUUUCCCGCCAUCUGAGUGAAGACUUUCCCGUGAUGUAAGGAAUUGAGCUUUAUCAUUCUCAGUCGCGCUGGAUGUGCUCUUCACCAAGAUCAAGCGAAUCCUUAAUGAUGCCAAAUUCUCGAUCAGGACUGACGUGUGCUUCCUGUGCUGUAGGUAAACAUGGUGCUUACUCUGGGUCAUGAUGUAAAGAGAAAGCCGGAGAGAUUAGGGCUGGGUAUGCUGUGGAGAUGUUCUCGUUGUUUUUAUCAUUGUUUGUUUGUUUGUUUUUACCAUCUUGAAGUGCUCGUUAUAUUAUAAGAAAUCUGAAAUAUGGAGAGACCAGUAUAAACUUUAGAGACUUUUUCUCAGCCCAGUUAUUUAGGAUGCCUUUAGGAAUGUUGCCCCACCCCCCUCUGCUUGAGAACUUCCAAACGCUUGUUUGUUUAUUUGUUUGUUUUUCUCCCCCCAAAAAUCCUCUAAAGACAGAAAAGGAGUGCCUUUUUUAAUUCCCACAGUUCCUCGCAUGACUAGGUUCAGACCGUAGUAGGAUUUGGACAGCAGCAUUCCACAGAGCCAGACUGGGAACCAAAAAUCGAGGAAAAACAAACACAACAAAUCAAAAUCAAACCAUAUCAGACCUGUGACUUAGCUGCUUUAACUCUGUCACCAAUGGUUGUGUGUGUGUGUGUAUAUCUGUGCUUAUUUAUAAAUACAGUAUAAAAUGUACAGCAUGAUUUUUAUUUCUGUGUCUGAAUUGUAUUUUUUGCACUUUCCAGGUACGACAAAUUGUAAGAGAUUGUUUUAAAUGUCUUCUUGAUCUGUACAGACAAACUGCUUUGUAUACACUCUUGGAAAAUGAUCAUUAAAGUUGUGUUGGAAAUCA